AUGGCAAUGUUUGUUAAGCCUAUCAUUGGGCUUAUAAUUGCCCUCGUUUUCUGCUCGAACGUUUCCACAGCGCUGUACGAGGAUCAAGUGGGAGUGGUAGAUUGGUAAGUGACUCUCGUUACCAUCCUUCACUGAUUUUUUUUGAUAAUUUAAGCUAAGAUCUCAAUGAUAUAUAUGCUUAUAAACGCGACUGAAUGAUAUAUACUGGAAAAUCAUCAGUGUACAAUAAGCAUCCGUCAAGAUUUUGGUGUCGUGAUUUAGAAGCCUUUAGGAAGUUCAAAACAAAGUUACAUUUUUUUAGCACCUCAGUGUCGGUUUUUCACUUGCCACGUAUGUUCAGCUGGUUUCCAUUAGAUGAUUUGUUGCAAGCUUCAUUUAUCUUUCAGUUUCUUCACGGAUAUUCUAGUAAUCCUUCAGCAAUCGCGUGUAUCUCACUUGUCAAGAAUUCAGCAUCCUUCCUAAUGCCGUGAUACUCCAUGUGAACGUAAGCGUGGGAUAUGAUUUCAUUUUAUUUAAUGCCAAUUUCAAGACCGGGAUAAUGCUAGAAGGAAAAAUUGCUCGUGAAGGCUAGACAUAGUUGCGUACUCUAUGGAUUUACUAUGUGCUUUAUCAACACUACUUCUGGGCAGUAUGUUUCAGAUUUUCACUUUGAGAGGGUAAGGAUAUGAAAUAUCAUUAAUGAAGAUCAAAGCAUAUAACCGGGUUGAUGUGUGAAUUGCUGAGGUAAUACUAGACUUAAUAGGAUAUGUAGACAUGUACUGCUGGCAUCAUGGCUUCUAAGGGAUCUAUUUUCAGGAGUUAUUUCCACUAAUUUUAAAAAUAAGAUCAUUUAUCAACUAUGGUUCAUUCUGGGGAUUCCACUUGUUCGGCCAUAUUUUCAGAAAUCUUAUUGGAGUAUGUGUAGGCAUUCUACGUUGGAGUUUUUAGCUCAUGUGAGUUAUUUUUUCAAUGGCUUUGUUUGUUUUGUUGCCCUAGUCAUCGAGAAUCAAAUUGAUAGUUCCAUGCUCUUCCUAGAGGUUCUCAAUUGAAAUGAUUGGUUAUUGUAUGCGUAGAUGAUUCGUGUUCAACUUCUUGUCGCAUACAGGUACCAACAAUAUAUUGGAAAGGUGAAGCAUGCUAUUUUUCAUGCCCAAAAGGCUGGUAGGAGACGUGUUGUGGUCGCUACAGAAGAAAAUGUCAUUGCUUCUCUUGAUCUUAGGAGGGGAGAAUUGUGUUAGUAUUCAUUCAAACCUUGGAAGUAAAUUAUUUAUAUUUCCCCUGUAUUUUUGGAGGAAUGUUUUCAACCUGCCAGUUUUCAAUUUUACUUCUAAUUGGUUUAUUUUCUCUCUUUCACGAAUUUUGCAACUCACUACGUUUAAUGCAGUUUGGAGACACGUCCUUGGGGAAAAUGAUUCUGUGGAUCAGAUUGAUAUUGCCCUUGGAAAAUGUAAUCUCGUUACUCUUCACCUUGAUUUAAAUACAGUCGUCCUUUUCUUGUUCUGGGGUUACCAUAGUAUCAUGGGCUAAUUAAUUUUAAUCUCUAAAUCUGACGAGUACUUUCAGUUUUCAAAAUAGUCAUUUUUUUGUUGGAACAGGUUCAGCAUCGCAAAUAUCUGCCACUUUGCUAGUUUAAAGCAAUCGUUUCUGCAUAUUCAUUGUUUCAACAAUAAGAAUGUCUAUUAUUCAUCAUUCUUUCUUUAAUUGUGUCAGGAUAUUCCACCACUUCCUCAAAAGCAAGAGAAAAAAAGUUCAAAAUCGAAUGUAUUGAAUGUGUACUAAAACUGCCUGUCUGGUCUUAUGUGGAUACCAAAUCUGAUCUGUCUUGUGUUGAUUCCAGUACAUUGCUGUUCAGAAAUGGCCAAAACUUGCAUGAAAUGCUGUGAUGAGUCCCAUUAUUGUUGAGCAAGCUUUUAUUAACAAUUCUUGUUCAUGUUUUAUGCUUAGACGAUGUGCACAUUACGAUGGCUAUGCUGUCAACAUUAUACUUGAUGCCUCUAAGUUUUUAUUGAAUCUCGAAACUGAUGCUUUGCAUGAUUUUAAUGAAAUACUAUUCUUAGGGGAAUGAAUGAAAGGCAUAUCAAUGUUUCUGUUAGCAUUGGCGUCAUUAUUUUCUGACAGAGAUAUAAUUAUUGUGCCUCAAAUUUUCAUAUUGAUGUGUGAAGUCAAGAUGAUGUCACUGCGAGGUAGUCAUGGGUAAAGCUAAUUGUUGGGGGGUUCUCUUUUGUCUCUAGACAAAUUAUUUAAACUCUUAUCUUGAUUAGGAUAGGGGGAUAAGGAAUGACACUGCUCUCAGACUGAUAGGAGCCCAGGUCCACGAGAAGAGAUUGAAGAAAAAUAAGACUUGAAAUCAAACAAACGAGCCACAGCCUGCCCAAAUCAAACCAGGAUUGGGCCCCAGCCGGAACCCUGACCCCUGAAUCCUUUGAGACCUUUCGAGAGGGUCUCGAUCUCCUUCACAACCUGCAGCCUGCCCAAAUCACCUCCUCCCCCUCUCUCAUCCCGUCCUAACCCUGAUAGUCCCCUUUUCCCUGUCUGAAAUUUACCUAAAUACCCUCCACUUAACCCUCACUUGACCUCUCACUUGACCCAUAAGCCACACUACUCCUGUAGUAAUUUACAUCUAUUGAGGGUCCUAACACAGACAUUCACGCGCCUAUGUGUACAUAGGAAGAAGAGUUAUAGAGCAAUCAUACUUGGAGAUCUCGUUUUCAAAAGCCAUUGCUUCCUUCUCCUGUGGUUUUUCCCCAUAUUGAGGUUUAUACAUAAAUCUGAUGUGAUUUUCUCCCCUUCAUUUCUGUUGUGGCUCGUCAUGUGUUGGUUGCUAUUGAGUGUAUCCCAUAGAGAGGUACUUGUCCACUUGGGACCACCAAUAUCCUACCAGGAGACAUGCAAACAAGGCCUACUAAUUUGCUCUCCCUUUUUUUUUUGUUCUAGAUGAUAUGAGGGAGUCUAAAUGUUGUAUAGCAUGUUUUCUUUCCCAGAGGAUGAUGAUGGAAAGGAUAUGUUAAGCUGUUGAAUCUUACGGACAGCUAAAUGAGCUCGCCUCUGGAAGUGCAGUCCAGCAUUUAACUUCCAUAGAAGUUCAGACUAGGUUAAAUUGCAUUAAACUAUUAUGACGAAGACCUAAACGUGAUGUUUUCCAGGAUGUUUUGACCUCUUUCUUUGCCUACUAUCAACAUUAUAGCCAGUGUUUACUUUUCCUUUUCCAUACUCUGUAAUUCCCUGAUGUUGAUUGAUUAUCAUCAGCACAAGUAUAAUCAAUUGAAGCAGAAACUAAUGAUGAAUCAAGUACUAGUUAAUCCAAAAGGAAGAUGGUUUUAUUUUUCAUUUUCUUUGCUAAUUGUCAAACUCUUUGUAUUCAUCGUUAUAUAUCUGUUCAUUUUUUUUCUCGAUUUAGAGCAAUAUUUUGUCUUUAGAUUUCGGUUAUCGUCAAUCCUGACGGAUGUGUUGGAAUGACAAUUGACUGUAUCUUUUGCUAUGCGCAGAUGUCAUCACACUCUCAUCAGGGAGCAUCUUGAGAACAUGGAACCUUCCUGACGGGCAGAUGGUGUGGGAGUCUUUUCUGCAAGUUUCAGCAUCCUCCAUGUCAUUGUUCUAUGUUCCAGUAAGCAGCAAAGCAUAUCUCAUCAUUGUUUCAUUAUGUUCUGAAUUAACUGAUCUUUUUGUAAUAGUGUUUUAACUCUUAAAUCUGAGAUGGAAAUUAAUUAAAAAUGCUUGUGCUUUAAUUUUUAAUCACUAGUACGUUUUUCUUGUUGAGAAAUCGAUUUCUUGAAGCAUAGAACAGUUCAUUGAUUAAAGAAAGUACCUUAAUAUAAUCGUCUACAGUAUAGUCCGUGUAUUACUGAGGACAAAAACGUCUUAGAGGAUUGCCAUCUCUUAUACACAAAAUAAAUAUUACACUUGUAAAGCAAGGCAUUAUCAAAACAGAAGGAUUAUUGCAAAUGGGGUAUUCCAUUUCCUGUACUUGAAACUGUGGACAUCGUGAUUAGAUGAUUACAUUUCCCAUGAAUUUUGUUGGGGAGACGUGGACAAUCCAUCACAUCCUAAUUCAUCUGUACAUACGAUGAACGGUUUUUUCUUUAUCUCGCCUCCAUCGUUUGGCACUAGGAGAUUAUUAGCAAAUAUCAAAUGUAUCUGCGUGAUGUUACCACUUGUUUGGGGCAGCUCGGACUUUCUGGCCCGUUUGCACGCUGUUGUUCGAAAAAAUGCUGAAGUAAUAGAUCAAUGAUAGCUUUUCUUAUGAAAUAUUUUUGCAGAAUAUAUUAUGUACUUUAUGGCUUCAUUUUCUGCUGAAUAGUUUUUACUAUUGGUUCUCAUUUUGUUGAAACAUCCAAAUUGCAGGCAAGCAUUGAGGUGGGAACAGAUCAGCAAAUAUUUGUUUCUGCUGGAGGGUGCCUUCAUGCUGUAUCUAGCAUAGAUGGUGAAGUUAUCUGGAAGAGAGAAUUUACAGACAGGUGUUUCAAUCGGUCAUGAGUUUCUGUUUUAAAUUUCCGUUUGCCUUUACGGUGUACAAAUAUGUAUCACUUUUCUGGUUUUGUUUGCAGCUUAGAGAUACAGAAGCUUUUUCAAACCCCUGAUGGUGAUAUAACCGCUAUAGGAUUUUCCAGUUCCUCACAGAUUGAUAUUUAUCAACUUAGUGCUAAAAAUGGUGAUAUCCUUGUCCACAAGAGUGCAUCCUUUCCUGGUGGCUUUUCUAGGGAAGCAUCAUUUGUUUCUGGUGACGUGUUUGUGACAUUAGAUGCUACUAGAUCUAUCUUAGUUCUAGUUAAUCUUAAUGGAGGAGAGAUCCGCUUUCAUCAGACACAUAUUUCUGAUCUUGCUGAAGGGUACUCUGGGACAGCAGCUAUUUUACCUCAGAAGUUUACUGGCAUGUUUGCUCUAGAGCUUGAUUCAUUAAUAAUGUUAAUGAAAGUGGAAAGUGGGAGAGAUUUGGAGAUAAUCGAGAAAAUCCCUCACCCAGCUUCCAUUAGCGAUAGUCUCCUCCUUGCCAAUGGGCAACAGGCUUUCGCGAUGGUGAAGCAUGAGGAGACUAAGGUUCAUCUCACAGUAAAGCUUGAUACUGACUUGAAAAGUAAUAUACUAAAAGAAAGCAUCAAUCUAGACAGUCAAAGAGGAUCCGUGCAGAAAGUUUUCUUAAAUAAUUAUGUGAAAACAGAUAAGUCUCAUGGAUUCAGGGCCUUGGUUGUCAUGGAAGACCAUUCACUUCUUUUAGUGCAGCAAGGUGAAAUUGUAUGGAGCAGAGAAGAUGGGCUUGCUUCAAUUAUUGCUUCUACAACAUCUGAACUACCUGUAGAGAAAGGAGUUUCGGUUGCCAAAGUGGAACAUAGUAUUUUCGAAUGGAUUAAGGUACUAUUCCUUCGUUUUACGUUGUUUAACAACCCCCCUCCAAACAGAGUUCUUGAUGAGAAACAAUGAAAUGGGCGAAAAGUGGAGUAGUAGAUUCUGCUCUGCAUUUUAGAUAUGUUAACUUUUUAACUGCAGUUUGUGUUUACAUUUCACUUCGAACUUGUUGAUUUCGUGAUCGCAUAUUGACUACCAGGAAACUCGUCAUUAUUUCAUUUAUUUUUUUUGUUGACAUGAGAACCGAACAUCUGACGCAUCUUGCGACCAUGCGUUGCAGAGAGCAUGACUUCCUCUGUUUGGCGCAUGUUACCACUGUGUCACUUGUCAAUAUAGACUUGAGUAAUUGGGGCCCUAUACUUGUUGCAAGAAUGACAGACUUGGCAUUGCUUAUCGGUAUAAAACUCAUAUGCUUAAUGUCACAAACUGAUCAGAAUAAAUACUUCUUAUGAAUGAUUUGCGAAGUAUUGCAAACGAAAAUGUUUUAUGCUCCGUUUCAAGGAAAAGGUUAUAUAUCUGAUCAAUUGAUUUCAUCGUUAUGUUAUUAAAAUUGUCCUUGCCUAUCAUUGAAUGAAGGCAUACUAUUAUCUUCAUAUGAGUACGUUGAGAUGCAAAUUGCGUGCUGAGAAGAGAAAUUUUAAAUAUCUGAUUAAUAGUAAUUAUUUUGAGUUUUAGAUAAUAAAUGUUAAAUGGAAUUGGAGAUAUGAUAGGCUAGACUGAGAUGGCUUUGGACUUGUUCUAUGCAAACUAUCUAUGUCACAAGUUAGAAUUGGAAUUCAAGUUACAUUUGUUGAAUGCAAGAUCCACUGUUGGAGCUAACUUUUUUCUCGGAUUUUCAUGAGGGGAGCAAUGAGAGAAUAGAGCAGGGUGAAAUCAUGACUUAGGGUUCUUUAUUUGUUGAAGUUUAAAUUUUGAAGCCAAUCUGCACAUCACAGCUUGAUGUGUGUUCGUGUGUUUGCAGUUAGGAUAGCUCAUUGCUCCCGUUUUAUAGAGCACUUUAUUCAUGCGAAUGUUGCCAUGAAUUCAUCUAGAUGCAAGAUGUAAAUGGAUAAAAGAUCCUCUGUUGUUUUAUCACAUGAGAUAAUGGUUAAUGAAAUGGACGCACUCCAUCCAUAUCUCUCUUCUGUAUUCUCUUCUUAAAUGCAUUAUAGUUAAAUGCUUUGUCUGUCUAAUGUCAUAUGCAGCAUUCAUUCUGACGUCCUAUUCACUAUUUCAUUUUAAAAGGGCCACUUGCUGAAGGUCAAAGGAACUCUGAUGCUUGCCAACGCUGAGGAUCUAGCUGCAAUUCAAAGGAUGAGGUUAAAAAGCUUCGAAAAAACUAAGAUGACUAGGGAUCAUAAUGGUUUUCGGAAGCUGUUGGUUGUAUUGACUAGAGCAGGAAAAGUCUUGGCCCUGCACACGGGCGAUGGAAGAAUUGUAUGGUCUCUACUGUUGUCUCCCUUGCAUAGCUCUGAUUCCUGCCAACAUCUUAUUCCUGUUGAUAUAUACCAAUGGCAAGUACCUCAUCAUCAUGCAAUGGACGAGAACCCAUCAGUUCUUGUAAUCAGUAGAUGUGGCCUUCAUUCUGACGCACCAGGUGUCAUUCUCAUAGUUGAUUCUUACAGUGGAAAAGUGGUUAGCUCCUCAAAGCUCUCGCAUUCCGUUCUUCAAGUCAUGCCACUUCCUCUUACCGAUUCAACAGAGCAGCGUCUUCAUAUUAUUAUAGAUGAUAAUAAAAAGGCACACUUGUAUCCAAGAACUCCUGAAUCAAUCAACAUUUUCCGUCCGGAACUUCCAAACACUUACUGGUACUCGGUUGAAGCUGUAAAAGGCGCUAUUAAAGGGUAUUCAUUUCGUGGAAAUUGCAUUGACACUGAUGAAGAUGAUUAUUGCUUUGAUACGAGAGAGUUGUGGUCAAUCAUCUUCCCCUCAGAUUCUGAGAAGAUCACUGGCGCUACAACAAGGAAACAUAAUGAGGUUAGAUUUAUUAUUGGUCAAGGCUGUUUUCGUUUUUAAAAAAAUUGAAGCUUCAAAGUUUCAUAAAAUUUCAAUUUAUCUUCACUAACUGGAAGGUUUGAUUGGUUUGUCUUUCAUUUUGAUGAGAUUGUUUGUAAUUACUCUUCAUUUUUUUCUGGAUCAAGCCUUCUCUAUGAAAUAUUUAGUAUUUCUAAGCCUUGACCCUUUCCAAAGAAUCAGUCAAAAAAGAAAACAAAAUCCCCCCCCCCCAAACCUCCCUCUGCUUCAUUGUUCAUGCAUUAUUUUUUCAAAGGUCAUUUGUGUUUGACACCUUUCUCCCUUCUAUUACAUUACUCAUAUCUUAUUUGUUAUCGUGUAUAAAGGAUCUAAUGAUAUCCUAAUCAUUUUCAGGUCGUUCAUACCCAAGCAAAGACAAUCGGGAAUCAGGAUGUAAUGUAUAAGUACAUAUCCAAAAAUAUGCUUUUUGUUGCUACAGUUUCUCCAAGAGCUGCUGGAAACAUUGGUUCAGCAACUCCAGAAGAAGCUUAUUUGGUUGUUUAUCUUAUCGAUGCUGUGACUGGGCGCAUAAUCCAUCGCGUAACCCACCUUGGUGCACAGGGACCCAUUCAUGCUGUAAGUAGUGUUUCUAUUUGCCAUAGAUGUUAAACAGGCUUUGAUAGCACAUUAUCAGCUAUACUGAGGAAUCGCCCACAUUCUUAUAUUCUUUAAAGGUUGUCAGUGAGAACUGGGUUGUCUAUCACUACUUCAAUCUCAGAGCACAUAAGUAUGAGAUGUCCGUUGUUGAAGUAAAUGAUCAAUCUCGACAGGUGAAUGUCUCAUAAUAAUUUCCUUUUGAAUUUAUUGCAUUUUGCACCAUGACACUCAUCUGUGACCUGCAGGACAAUAAAAGCAUAUGGAAAUUGCUACUUGGAAAACACAACCUCACCUCACCAGUUUCUGCAUUUUCUCAACCGGAGGUUACAGUGAAAUCUCAAAGUUACUUCUUUACACAUUCAGUGAAAACAAUGGCAGUCACUUCAACGGCCAAGGGAAUCACUUCUAAGCAGCUUCUCAUUGGUACCAUUGGUGACCAGGUUAGCUUUCGAAAUAUUCCUUUUAUUUUCCUCAAAAUUUCAAUACUAAGCUUCAGGUAAGUGAUUGGACUGUCAUCGGGCAAGGCCAAGCCUUUCCGUGCCCUCCCAAACCCAGAACUAAAUUUUGACGCACGGAUCUGGACACAUGCCGGGCAGGCCCGCAUGCUGUCCACCGCCCCACUGCAGCAGUAGCAGGCAUGGACACCGAAUUCUAUGCACCCCAAUCCGACUCCCGCUGCUGUUUAAUUGUGUUGCUGGUCAUCCCGCAUCUGCCUCUUCCGCAGCUGCAGCGGUAGCUGCAUGUCGGUGGACACAUUGAUCUUGGAGUGAUGGUGAAGUGGGAGCGGGUGUGACCACAUGCGUGCAUCCAGCAUGCGCACAGCCAUUGGUGCAACACCCUAACGUGUCACUUUACUAGCUGCAAUGCCCAUUCAGAAUACGUGUCCAGGAAACAAAAACGAUACACUCUAGAGGAUAGGUGUCAGAGAAGUGGCCCAGUGCUUGAUCUUUUGAAUGUUCAGUACACUGAACUACGUUUUGCUUUCCAGCAUUAGGCUCUAUUGGAUACUUUUCUCCUAGUGACUUAGGCGGAUUCCAGUCAGAACCGACACUCAACAACAAACGUCAAUGAGUUCUGGUUUCUUUUGCGAGCAAAAUGUGACCUUUUUUUAUUUCUACAAUUACAUUUGUUUGUAGACUAAUGAAGUUCAAUUGAAUAUUCCGGUACAGGUUUUGGCACUAGAUAAGCGCUACCUUGAUCCUCGUCGCACUCCAGACCCAUCCCCAUCAGAGAGGGAGGAGGGGAUAAUACCACUUACUGAUUCACUGCCAAUAAUUCCUCAGGUAUGUCUUACCUGCUACUUGGGAUUUUCCUUUUUUAUGAUUCAGUUUUGAAUAAAUUCCUGUCUUUUCACCACCGUGAAUGGUAAUACAAUGCAUAUUAAAUUUAAUUCCUUUUCAAGGCCCAUAAAUUUAUAAAAACACGCCUUGAUGAGGUUCUUUUUUUUUUUCUUAAAUACGAGAUUUUGUGCAUUAUCAAAUCACCGUCAAGAUUUCCAUUACCUCCAAAUUAUAUCGGUCCUGAGGUCUCCAUAAACAGUAAAAUAGGAUAAAAUAUCUUAAUCUGUAAUGGCAACGAUUCGAAUUAUCUUAGAUUGAUUUUAUCGGCUUAGUGUUGUAAUUCUCAAUAUGGAUAUGGCUGAUUUAUAAACUAGGCUUCUUAGCUCUUAAUCCCAUUGUCUUAAAAAGUAAUCAAGCGAAUGAAUUCCAUGGAAAAUAAGGAAACUCUGCAUGACCAAAUCAAAACCCAAGCAUGCAUCUGCCGGGUGCUCUUUUUUUUUUUUUUUUUUGGUCAUAAUAAAAGUAUAUAUCUGUGAUAGAUCUGGCUUUAGGAUAUGGGCUUCACAUCUUAGACUUGAAUUAUGCGGCGAGUAGCAUGGGUUAGCAGAGAGAAGAAUAUAGUAUCAACUGAUCAUGUGAUUAAAGGUUUGAUCAUAAAGAAAGCUGAAGAGAUGUAUAGCUAGUCUGCAUCUAAAUAUAUCAAUGGAACAAAAAAAUAAAUGCAGCGACCCUCCUUUGUGCUUGCAGUCCUACGUGACCCAUUCUCUCCAAGUGGAAGGCCUGCGGGGGAUAGCAACAAUGCCGGCCAAGUUGGAGUCUACCUCCCUCGUUUUCGCCUACGGCGUGGACCUCUUCUUCACCCGGGUCGCCCCUUCGAGGACCUACGACUCUCUGACGGAAGACUUCAGCUAUGCCCUCCUGCUCAUCACCAUAGUCGUCCUGGUGGCGUCCAUCUUCGUGACGUGGGCUCUAUCAGAGAAGAAAGAACUGGAGGAGAAAUGGAGGUGA